UAUUGUUCUUUAUUUGUGCAUAUUCUCCAACUUCCCACAUUCUCAGUCACAUUAGUACAAACUAGAUGACGCGGUAAACCUUGAGCUUUCAGGCUCCCAGAGGUUCUGCAGCUUCCCACUUUGACCAGUUGGUCCAGUUGAAGUUAAUCAAUACAGUAACAAUGAUUCUGACACUUCUUGGAAAGCUGCUGGUCUUGGUGAUGUGGCUUUUUAAAAAAAAAAAAGAAUUCCUUUGUUAACACCAGCUAAGACACACCCGAAAAUUAGGGGAAGUAAGAUGCAUCAAAGUUCCCAUCUGAACUCAAACCAGAGUUCAGUUCUUGGUCAGCAUUUUAAAGUGAGAGCAAUUGGUCGACCCAGAAAGGUGACCGUCUCAAAUAGGAGAAAAAUGAGCUUAAUAUUCAAAAUAUAUCAGCUAUAAAACUGAUCCUUAUGAAUACGGUUUAGAACCGCAACCCAGAUACAAAUUAGUAUUGGGUACCUGUGUAAAAAGAAAAAAAAAGAAAAAAGAAUUUAAGUUCCGCUUAUCAGUUCCUACAUUUCUACCAGGAACUGUGACUUUGUCAUGCAUCAAGUCAAUAGCGCGUGCAUUUAUUUAGAUAUGAGCUGGUAUUCACCGUGUCAGCUGAGGGAGAGCAGGGCAUGGUGUGUCUCUGACACUCCAACGUGUUAAAAGUUACUCAAGAGAGUUACAAACGACCUAGCAUGUACGGCUAACAUUGCAGCAAUGUGAAAGAUAGAGCAGUCAAAGUGUGGCUUCACUCUAGAAGACUAUGGGGAAUGGAUCAAAUUCAAAUAAUACCCAACCCUACUUAUGGGUUAUAACAAAAAUCUGUUCUAACAGUGAUUCAGCAAUUUACAAAUAGGCCUACAUUUCAGUACAAGCUACCACAACUGCCAUUGUUACUUUUAAAUUGUGAAAUACACAUUUUGUUUCAUCUCUCACAUAAAGAGAGUUCAAAGAUGAUCUGCUCUUUAAUCAUGAGCACCACAUGACUUUGAGAAUAGCCUGAAACUGUGCCUCACACAAUGCACAUUUUUAAGGUAAUCUGGUAAAGUAAGGUAAUAAGGUAAUAAAGUAAUAAGUAAGGUAAUCCAGUGUCAUCUGUCCAUCAUUGUUGCAGUCUCUGUUGUGUCUCUGUCUCUGUCUCAGGCGUCCACAUUUUACAGAGGAUGAAUGUCUGUGAAUAGGACGAUGAGACUGAAGAAGGUAUUGGUUUUAAUCAGUAUGGUUAUGAUGGAGAAGAUUUCCUGUCAUUUGACCUGAAGACACUGACGUGGGAUGCUGAGAAAGCCAGAGUAAAAUACAAUGAGAACUUCUUAACUAAGAUCUGUCCAGCGUUGCUGGAGAAGUAUGUAGACUACAGGAAGAGCUCUCUGCUGAGAACAGGUAGAAUCACAGAGCUGUGAUGUUCUGGAGGAAAGAUGGAGAGGAUCUUCAUGAGGACGUGGACCAAGGAGAGAUCCUCCCCAACCAUGAUGGAACCUUCCAGAUGAGUGUUGACCUUUCAUCAGCCAAACCUGAAGACUGGAGGAGGUACGACUGUGUGUUUCAGCUCUCUGGUGUUGAGGACGACAUCGUCACCAAACUGGACAAAGCGGUGAUCAGGACCAACGAAGAGAAGCCCAGUAACACGACUGUCCCCAUCAUAACUGUGGUGUCUGUUCUCACUCUCAUCCUGAUCGCUGUCACUGGAUUCAUGGUUUAUAAAGAGAAGAAAGGAAUAGACGCGCAGGACUAUGUGGCCGUCCUCUGCUGUGAUCCUGGUUUGAAAGCGGACUGGUUUCGUUGUCACUCCUGGAUCGGGGGCUGA